AGUUGUUGCUUUACUCACUGUGUCUUCUGUUGUGGUUCAUGUUUUCCUAUAUCGGGUGUUUUCUGAGCUAUUGGACCCAAUGAUCAAAGAGAGACACAAUGGUUAUGACCCGAGGAUAAUGAUACACCCCACAGACCUGGAUGCAAGCAAGGUACAGAAUGAUGGGAAUGUCAAUGGACAUAAGUAUAGAAAUGUCAUUGCAUCAACCACCCAGUUGACUAGGUAUCAGACCUUCUACAUAUCUACAUUCUAAACUGUUCAAGUGAGCCAGUACUUACCACAGUCUCUUGUCAGAUCCGGGCAGGUCAGUUUGAUGAGCGCUACGUGUCAUUGUCACGGGCC